GUGAAUCCACAUCGUUUGGCGACAUUUGUUUGUAUGGAACGUAGCCUAGAGACAAUCCAUUUCUCCACACGAAUUCACGUUUUGAUUCUAUACUGAAACUCAUUCCGGAUAUACGUUAGUUAGUUUAUUUCAACAAAUGGAUAAAUCAGUAAGGCCAGUAUUCACUCUAGAACUUAAUUACAAGAUUAUACCAGGGUUGGUAACUAUAGGUAAAUAUGAUGGCACACAUCCUUGUCUCACCGCGGCUACUUCUACAGAAAAAGUGCUCAUUCAUAGCCCUCACAGGAGAAAUAUAUCGGUACAUGGAAGAAUAAAUUAUUCUGAAUCCAAUAGAGAGAUAGCCACGCUGAAUAUAAAUCAGACAAUAACAGCAAUCGUUGCUGGAAUUUUUAUACCAGAGGAAGACAAAGACAUCUUAGUGAUAGGAGCAACGUCUCACAUCUUGGUAUACCAUGUGCAUGACAAUAGGGACAUCUUCUAUAAGGAAUGCCCAGAUGGAGUGAAAGCUUUGGCAAUUGGCAAUUUCGGAGAAUCCACAAACAAAUUGCUGCUAGUGGGUGGAAAUUCCUCAAUUCACGGCUAUAAACACGAUGGUCAAGAAGUGUUCUGGACUUCGGUCGGAGAUGUGAUUACAUCGAUGAUUCUUAUGGAUUUCAACAAGGAUUCCUCGGAAGAGUUGAUUGUGAGUUCCGAAGACUUCAAGAUUAGAAUCUUCAAAUGGGACACACUGUUGUCCGAAAAUACAGAAACAGAAGUUGUGACCCAUCUGGUUUGCCUGCCAGAAAACCGAUUCGCCUAUGCCGUUUCUAAUGGAACCAUUGGAGUUUACGAACAGGAUGCUAGACUGUGGAGGGUGAAGUCGAAAAACUUCGCGAUCGACAUGCAAUCGUACGAUUUGAUAGGACAAGGAACGCCGCAAUUGAUUACAGGCUGGUCCAAUGGAAAAAUGGAUUGUAGAUCUAUAAAGACAGGAGAGGUUUUCUUCAAGGACACUAUGAACUCGAGCGUUGCUGGCAUUGUGGAAGGAGAUUAUCGAUCCAUGGGAAAAACUGAUGUAAUUGCUUUGUCGCAAGAGGGAGAAAUGAGGGGGUACACAACAACAAAAAGUUUAUCUUUAACUAGCUCUGGAGGAUCAGACCAAGAAACUGUACGCGAACUAUUAGCUCAAAAGCAGGCUCUGUUGAUGGAGUUCAAACAUUAUGAGAAUAACAAUAGUUUUAACAACAAUAGUAACAGUCAAUUGGAGAGUUUUGAAAGUCAAGGUGUCAUACCGGCCAAUACGAGGCUCCAAAUAGGUAUUGCCGCCAACGAGGGAUACACAAAAGAGCGUUUCAUAGAGAUCUUCAUCUCCACCAACAACUCAACCAUAAUAAGAUCAGUGACUAUCUUCGCUGAAGGCAUAUUCAAGGGUGAAACUCAUGUGGUUCACCCAGCUGAUCACCAAAUCAGCUCGGAUCUUACAAUACCUUUGAACCUCCCCAGCGAUAAUCCUGUGGACAUACACAUCAAGGCUUUUGUUGGUUAUCCCAAGAGUGAGCAAUACCACGUUUUUGAGAUAACGAGGCAGUUACCAAGAUUCUCAAUGUACGCACUCAAUAACGGCAUUACCGAUGCCAAACCCGAGAGUUACGUGGAAUUCAGGAUGAACGAGAGGCUUCAGAGGAUAUGCAUGUGGAUCAAUCAGAAUUUCCUUCUUUCGAGCGACGUGGAAAUAGAUGGCGGACCUAGUCUAGAACUGAGUAUGAAAUGUCUGAGAGACGGUAGCAUCUUGGUGAUGUUUUUUGAGGUUAUUGGGCGGGUGAAAUUCUACACAGAUAACAUUGGGCUAGCUGCUGAUUUGGUGCAGAGUUUGGCCGUGUUUUUAAAUUUGGAUACUCUCGAGUCGAAAGCCCAUUUUCCAGAAGAGGAAGAACAAGUGAAAGAACUGAUAUUGAGACUUUCUGAAAUACAAGAAACCAGAAUGAAGUUAGGGACUGAUGUUGCUGAUCGUUUGGGACAAGUGAGAACAUUGGUGAUUAAAGCAGAAGACGCUAGAAUAAACAAUGUGAACGAAAUGGGACAGUACUAUAAGGACCUAGAUAAUUUGAAUAAGGAGCUCAUAAAUGGCUAUAACAUUCGGCUGAACAAUCAUACAGAAGGCUUGGAAUCAGUAAAGAAGAUAAAUACUAUCAUCCAGCGCUUUUCCAGAUUGAGAGGUAUCGUUUUUUUUUUACUCGAACACUUAAGAUUUUAAUACUGUCUUAUUCUUUAGUUGGCCAGAAGUCUUCGCAAAUGUUAAAUCACUGCAGACAUGCUAUAAAGACGAAUAAUAUCGAGGGACUUCUGAAAAUAAUAAGAAUUGGAGAAAUAUAAUGCAUAAUUAAUGUAAAGUUUUUUGAAUAUUUGAACAUAUUUUGUUUAACUCUACAAAUAAACAAAAUUGGAAA